CCUUCUUGACCUUCUCUCUUUCCAGAACCCGCCGCAAACUCACGUCUUCCCUGGUCGUUGCCCAACGAUAUCUCCGCAAUCUGCUGAUGUGAUCCUGGCGGCGAUCAACCCUCUUCCACCUGUAAUGAAAUUGUCAUCCCAUCAACCUCAAACAAGCCAAUCGCUUGCGCAAGUGCAGGGCUGAGAUUUGGUACGACAGGUAGAUAAGUCAUUUGCCUGCUCUAUCCUCUCUUCUUCCAAGCUUUCUGUCAACUUCUCGUUCGCGACUCUCUUUUCUUUCAGUUCAUCAGUAUACAUAUCAAGGGUUUCCUGGUGAACCUGUCCACUCCUUUUCAUCAUCCUUUGUAAUAAGCAUAAAUUUCUCGGCCGGCGGUUUCAUCAGUUUCUCUCGACACGGAGGCGAAUCCUGUACCUCCACCAAUCAUCCUUCGAUAGAUCCCACCAUGUUUAAGCAGAAGUCGAAGUGGGCCGGGCUUGGGAUGGGUGCGAAAGGCCGUGACGGGAAUGGAACUAGUGCGCCAAUACCUGUGUCAGAAGAUGCACAGGCCAAAAAUACCAGAGAUGCUGGACCAGGACUGCUGAUGGAGUUCGCACCGCAAAGUCGGGAUCGGAGUCUUCUUCCUCAAAGACCUAGCACUUCCGCCGGGCCUGCCUCGAGCUUCACGAAGCGGAAGAACGCUGAGAAGAGAGAAACAAAAGACGAUCUUCACUUCAACCCGUUAGCCGCACAUGGGAAAGGGACGACGUUUUAUAAUUUUCCCCUCCCAGGAGCGCUUCCCACUCCCACCACCACGCCAAGAUCGUCUCCUCCACCACCUCGAGAAGCUGAACUGGCACGGCCUUCGACACCAGACUCUAUGGAGAUAGCACCUGGGAAGAUAGAGCCAUCACCAACGGAAAUCGGGAUGGCACUUGGUAGUCCAGCACAUCCGCCCACGAUGUAUCAAUCUGAUCCUGCUGAUGCAUACCACGAGUACAUGCGGAAUAAUUCGCCAGGUCAUACAGAUGGCGACUCUGUCGAUGGAUGGGUCAACUCGCCGCCGAUCCCCAAGCGAAAACCUAGUAAAUGGAAAACUUUAGGGGGCUUGUUUGGAGGAAAGAAGAAUACACAAGCAUUCUAUCAACUUCAACCUGAGCCACCUCAACCACCCCCGGCGCCACCAGUGGAACAGUACGUCCAUUUCGAUGAACCUCAGAGCGACAAAUCCUCCAUGUAUCGCGGGCGUACGAAGUCUGAGAGGAAGAGUAAGAAGAAUAAGCCAGACAUGAAAAGAGCAAACACUGCCCCACUCAAUUUCGAGUUAGCGAACCCGAACCAAUAUCAGCAUCAACCUCCAGAGAUCACUCUUGAUGGAGAGCGUCUAGGUGAUAGUGGAUCUGCUCACACGACCCAUUCCGGAGGCCUGCUUGAUAUUGACAUCCCUACCAUUCAGAUGGAGAGAUACAGCAUCAUGUUCAGCGGCGUUCUUCAGAAAUCAGGUUCAACUACUACGUCAUCUCUUCUUGCGAGACGACAAGCAACGCUUGACAAACUCAAGACCGUCAAUGAAGCUAUUGCUUCGAAGGAACAAGAAUUAUUAGCCACAAUGAAGCAACAAAGAUCCCGAAGAGCGAGUUCACCUCAGGCGAAAAGUCCAGCGUUCUCGUUGUUUCCAUCCACGCCAUCUCGAGUGAGAGAACCAUCUCCAAGUCCUUAUCGAGCAAAUCUGCAGCGCUCAAACACAUCACCUGCUAUGUUAUCGCCUGCUCGACCAUCAUUUGCGCCAGGCCCAGAAAAUGAUGCACACGCUCAGAUUCUAGCUGCUGCCACUGAAGUUGCCGCAAGGGAAGACACGGAGAAGCGAAUGCGGAGGGCAGAAGUUCGGAUUCCAAACUUGCGAAGAAGGGAGCCGAUGCCAGAACCUGAAGCUGAACCAGUGAAAGAGCAGGUGAAGAAACCAGUAAGAUAUGAAAUCAUGGAUUCUCCGACGAUCGUUUCGCCAAAUCCAAAAUGGUCAACCGAGGAAUCUCACCUAACCUUGGACUCACCCACUGAUGAAGAGGGUGAAGUGGAGGAAGCCUAUGAUCCGGCACCUCUACCCAUGAAGCCUGUACUCCCUGAGCCUAACUGGCAAAUGAUUACACCUGCCCACGGUCAUGUUGCAACAUCUUCAGCCUCGGGAUCAACAACUUCCCGCUCUGAUCACUCUACCUCAACCUCAGCAUCUAGCAUCAUGACUUCACCUAGUGUUGCCUCACCACAACCAUCAAAAACAAUACUAUCACCUCCUUCAGGACGCCCUCGUGCGGCAACGACAGGAGCACCACCAAACACAGGCCGCAUGCGCAGCGCCACCACCUCUAGCACCUCCCAAAUCCCACGCCGCGGUCCAAACCACCAGACAGCCUACGCUGACGAGGACGAAGAGCUUCGCCUCAAGACCGCAGCCGACGUCUCUAUCGCCCGUCAAAUCUCGGUCUCGAGAUCCCAACGCCAACUUCUCGUGCCCAUUAAAUCUGCUCUCAAGCAGCCGAAAAAUCCAAAUCUUACUAUUGAGCCGAGAAAUUUCCCGGUUUCAGCGAGCGGCAUUGAUAUUAUCGGUGUGGGGAGAGUAGCCAGUCCGCUCGGUGCAGUAGCCGUCGCUGCUCAGGAAGAGAGGGAGAGAGGCGGGAGUCCGUUUGCAGACAGAGGAGAGAGAGGACGCAUGGCUAGAGAGAAGAAGCCAGCUGAGAGAUUGGUCGAAGGUGUGAAACCUGCUACGCCAACACUCGUCGUUGUCGGUAAUUCUCUAGACCAAAAAGAGAAAUUGUGGCAAGGUGCUACGCAACAGCAUCUGGCGCACAGUACUCCUGUGGAACCUGCGGAGCGCAGGAGAGGAAACGAUAACGGACAUUUGCAUCUCAGUAAUACAGGGGAGAUCAAAGUUGGGUUGGCUGUUGAGGCGGCGCAGGCGAAGGAGCUGCAGAACAGGAAAAGUGAGAGGGUUGUUGUGGAGAUUAUUAGCGCUGCUUCGAAUUAGGGAAAUAGGAGGGUUUGGGAUGGGAUGGGUUCUCUUCGGAUUCAAAAUGCUCUGGAAGUAUUGUUUAUAGGGUAGGGUCACGGCAUUUUGCUGGUUUUGAGACGGUCCCAUCAAAUGUCGGCAAGAUUGUUUAUGGUUGCAUGAUAGAGUAGAUAGGAUGAUACCAAUUUUAUUUGACUGAUGACCUUG